UAUUUUAUUAUUUUUUUUUAAACAAUAUUUAUGACGUCGUUUUUUAAGUCUAACCUGUAAAACCUUUUUUUUUAAAUGUCUGACGGGAUUUUCUGUGUGGUUUUGACACAGCAUAUUUCAGCCCUUUGCCCGGUAUUAUUGAUAUUUUUCAAAAUGGUGUCAGUUUAUCCCUGGGGUCAUUUACGUAUCCUAUUCAAGAAAAUUCCCAAUCAAGCCAAUGCCCAAAGGCCCACGCGUAAAGAUCUUUACCAUAAACCUUAUUGUUUAAAUCCCAAAAAUGACGUUAUUCAGCGUUUAUAUUUUAAGCGCCACUGAUCUUGUCCUAUCCAGCAAUCCUAAAUUUUAUGUUCUAGACUCUUCUCGUUCCCAGGACAAAUUUUAUUUUUUUCUCUCUUUUCCUAAGGAAUAUCAAAAAAAAUGUUUUUUUUGCUUGUUAGUGUUUUUUUCACAAUACACAAACCGAAAAAAGCCCAAUCGAAAUGGGUCUAGACUUUUUGUUUUCCUGCACACAAGUCAAGGAUUGUUACGAAGGUUUCCCGAACUAAAAGUAAAAAAUCAUAUCCAUGAGGGGAAGAAUUUGAAGUUUUGUUUGGUUGUAGAAAUGCAGCAAGUUAUUGGCAACGGGGUGUAAUUUGUCACUAUUAGAAGAUAUAUUAGUUAUCCUUCCCCUGAAGAAACCUUAUAUGUGCAAUUGAUUCUGGUUUGUUGGCUAUAGGUUACUCCCUAUAGCCAGCCACAACUCAAAACCUCCUCUUUUCCC